AUGGGUGGUCUGAAUAUGGAGGAAAUGCCUUUGUCGGCGUUGUUCGAGCAAGCAAGGAAAAUUCAUCUCGCGGCUUCAGAGUCUCGUGCCGAUCAGGAUGUAGUGAAGAAAGGAUGCGGGAUGUUACACAAGUGUGAAGACAUGGUCGGGAAGCUGGGGCUUUUCUCGUCUAACGAGACCAAAGAAGAUAUUAGCACGAACAAUCUCAAGUAUCUUUUGGUGCCUUACUAUCUUGCGGAGUUGACAGAGAAAGUCAUACAGGAAGACCGGAUUCCGAUUGUCAAGGUCUCACAUGCUAAGCUCAAGGAGUUCCUUUCCUUCUGUGAGGCAAUGGAGCUUGUCCCUGAUGAGGAAUUGGAAGCUUCUUCACGACAAGGCUCUGCUCCACCUGCUGAUCGAAGAGCUCUCAAGAUAGCGAGGUUCAAACGUCAAAAGGCUGCAGAGUCGAAACUCCUUGAAAUCAAAGAGAGGAAAGAGCGACGUGGACGAUCAACCAAAGCAGCUGCCUUGUCGACUCCAGUUGAAGCUGGUGAAGAAGAUAUUCCAGAUGAUGACAGUGAAGAAGAGAGAGAGGCGUGGCUCUCCACACUGAACUUGGCUGUUUGCAAGGCUAUUGAUCUGCUGGAAAUGCUAAAGAGAGAAGAGGAAAUGCUCUCUGCCAUUAAGGAAAAACAGUUAAAGAACGGAGAGGAUGUGUUUUCUCGUGAUGCUCUUGACGACCGCACAAAGAAAGCCGAAACGUGGCACAGAGAUGCUGCUGCGAGAGUACAGUACUCUAGAGCGGCACAACCAAUCACUUGUGCCACGUUUGCACAAGAUGUGUUGGAAGGAAGAGCUUCAGUCUCACAGGGUCACGAACACAAGAACCAGCCUCUCAUAUUCGGUCCAGCGAGUAUUAUCAAUGGAGCUCACUCUACUGAGAGAGAGAGGAUGAUAGCUCAGGUUUUCCAACCAAGUCACAGGAUGCCGACGAUGUGCAUAGAGGAUGCUGGAUUAACGGAGAUGAAUAUAAUGAAUGAUUGGCAAGAGCAGACUAAAAAGGCCAUUGAAGAGGCAAGCACCUCAUGGCACAAUGACAAACCUCCGUGGAAAAAGGAUGAAAACGAUGAAGAUGAUGAUGAAGACGAGGAAGCUGUGAUGAAAGCUAGAGCUUUCGAUGACUGGAAGGAUGAUAAUCCUCGUGGUGCUGGUAACAAGAAACUCACUCCUUGUGGCUGA